ACUGUUUCCCGGCUGGAGACCUUGGAUUGUAAGAGUGUUUCUGUGACACCUUUUAUUUCCCCCCUGAGAGAGAAACACCAGGUGUGACCUGGGUUUGUAUGGCCUAACUUUCCCAGCAGCAGAAGGAAUUACAAAUCACCCGAACCACAGAUUCCAACAAGAGACGGCCGCUUGGAAGGGCCCAGGAAUGGUGGACAACUUCCCAGUUAGCGAGGGGACUUUUCUUCCUUACAGUGGCUCCUCGCUGGCCUACCGGCUGUCUGACAUGGUGACGCACCUGAGCUCAUACCAGGUGAUGCCUUCGCCAUUUUCGGAGGACGACCGGAGCGAGUCGUCCAGCCCUCGUUCCUGUUCCAGCCCCGACUCCCAGGUGCUCAGCUCCAGCUAUGGCAGCAACUCUAGUGCUGAGAGCCAGGACAGCAUCCUGGAUCACCUGCUGUCCCAAGCCUCUUUAGGGGGUGCCAACAGUGUGCUCGCAGGGUCUGUUGCACCUCUACCAUUAUCCACUUUCUUCUGGGACUCACGGAGAGACGAGCCCCCCAAACGCCAGCCUGUGAAGGAGGAACAUUUUGACUUCCUAUCCUGGGCCAAUGUGGACACAGAGGAACAACUUGAAGGGUGUUUCCAGCCCACACUGGAAGAGAUCGAAGAAUUCCUGGAGGAGAAUAUGGAGGUGGUAACGAUGAAGCAGGAAAUCCGAGAGGGUUGUUCAGGAUUGGGAGUGGGAAUGGAGGAGGCUCUUGGUCUAGAAGUUGGCUUGGAGUGGUGCAGGGAAGCCUCCCCUGAGCCUAAGCCGGAGGCCAAGUAUUCAGACCAAACUGUCCCCACCGCCAGCACUACUGGCCUGGCCACUGCGGCCUCCAGUGAGACCACAACUAAAGCAGUUAACCCCACAUAUGAAUCCAGCACAGGGGACAGGAAUGCUUCAGUCAACACAUCGUCAUCAUCAGAUGGUGGCAAAAACGGUAGCGGGAUGCCGGUUGUCCUUCAGAUUCAGCCCCUUCAGAUCAAGCAGGAGCCCACGGUAGCGCCGAUUACCCCAGUGGUCCAGCCCCCGCCGCCUGCCCCAGCCGCCGACAUCAAAAUUGCACAGCUACUGGUCAACAUCCAAGGUCAGACCUUUGCCCUGGUGCCCCACAUCGUGCCCUGCACCAGCCUUAACGUCUCAUCCAAGUUUGUACGCAUUGCUCCCGUCCCCAUUGCGGCCAAGCCGCUCGGGGACGGCUCAGCCGGCCAGGGCUCAGGCAUACUCGUUGGAGGUCAAAAGUUCCAGAAGAACCCGGUGGCGGAUCUUAUCAAAAUGCACAAAUGCACUUUCCCUGGCUGCACCAAGAUGUACACCAAGAGCAGCCAUCUAAAGGCCCACCUGAGGAGGCACACGGGGGAAAAGCCUUUCGCCUGCAACUGGCAAGGCUGUGGAUGGAGGUUUUCCCGGUCAGACGAGCUGUCUCGCCACCGGCGCUCCCACUCAGGUGUCAAACCCUACCAGUGUCCGGUUUGUGAGAAGAGGUUCGCCCGCAGCGACCACCUGUCGAAGCACAUCAAAGUACACCGUUUCCCACGCAACAGCCGGACAGUUCGCACAGCAAACUGACGCUGGGAUCUCUGGGACCGCUGGGAUCAAUUUCAUGCGGACUUAGGCCGCUGGAGCACGGUGCAAGUGGAAACACACAUUUUCUUCUUUUCAUUUGCGCUCUUGUCAGUUUGAUGAUGUGAGUGGCAGCAUGCCUCGGCUUUUGUCUCAGCAGUCCGCGAUUGUCCUAAUUUAUUGUUUUAAAAGUCAACCGACACAGUUAUCCUCCAAUCUGUGAUCAGCGGAAGGUUGUUGUUGUUGCUGAUGGUGCCUUGGUAUGUCGUACUCCUUUACGUCUGUUCGGUGCUCAUCGCAUGCCUCGGUAGAAGAUAAGAUACGUUUAUUUUCAUCCAGUCUAAAUUAUGAGAUAUCUUUGGUCACAGUCCGCGCGACCUGGAUCAAAACAACUGCCUUUUAUCUUCCUGAAAGAUGCCAACGUCUUGGACAUUCCUCGUCUUAUGCAAUGUUUAGGAAGUCAGAGGAAGUUCACUGGGAUUCUCAUGAGCUACUACCAGUAUAGUUUUUCAUUGACAGUACAGUUACCCUUUGACGCACAGGGAGAGAUCUGUGAAAUCUCGCCGUAGUCUUCCUGGGUUCGGCGUUGUCGGGCGGAAACCUCCUAUAUCCAUAUUUAUCAAUUCUAUUGGUCAUUGGAAAUAUUUGACCAAUGAAAAGUGUUAAUACGGGCUAAUGAAUACAUCUUUUGACUCAAUCGGAUCCUCAAACUGUCGGCAAAACCUCAUAGCUCCACCCAGCCUCGUUCCUGAAAAGAGCAGAGCUGAAAGAUGUGAUCUUGUCUGAAUCCGUUCCUCACAGUUUCAUAAUGAACUAAAAAUAUUGAAACAAUUCUUAACAGCAGUCUGUCCGGGAGAUUUAACUUUAGAGACGGCUGUGUGGAAGGAUCGCCGGCGCUUGCUGGGCACAUUUCAUAUCCACAACCGCUCCUCUGGUUGGCUUAGAAACUCCCAGGUGAACUCUAUGAGCUUUAAAGCACUACAGGCCCCGACUUUGCUGCUAUAACUAUGCAGCGUACCGGUUUAUCAAAUUUAGCUCUGAUGUUUUAAAUCCAAAUGUUUGCUGAGGGGAACAGCAUAGCUAGCUAGCAAUGUGACCUCAGCGGCUCAGCAGUCGUUCUAAUGAGUGACAAAAAAAAACCUCAAAAAGCUAGCUGCUCCAUUCGAGCUGGAUUUAUGGAAGAAAAUGACACAUGCAAGUAUCCGAUCCUACAUAAAGACACCAACUUUAAAAGUUUAAAAGUAAAAAUACCAACUUUGGCAACGCAGCGUGACAAUUAUUAUAAAAACAGGUGCUCUUAUUUAUUUCCUGAAACGCAAAUGGGUUUGAACAUACAACGUUUCCGCUGACUUUGUAAACCUGCUGUGACACGAGGAAGAGAAUGGCACAGCAACACAACACAAAAUCCAGAUGGGAAAUCCACCUAAAGCGCACGAUGAUUGUUGACUCGGCCUUUUGAUCUUCGUUUCGUUGUUUUAUGAAGUCGUGUGUGUCUACUUGCUGGUCUUCUAUUCGUAUCGCUUCUCUGGCCUUACUGUAACACAGAGUUCUGACUGGAGAGCAGGACCAUAAAGAAACCAGGCGUUUCAGUGAUCCAUAUUUUAACGGGGUGUUGAAGUGACAGUCGGUGCAAAGCCACAGAGCUGAACGUCUCAGUCUGCUGUUAUCAUUUCGACUGUUAUUUUGCUGACGACUUGACACAAAAUCUGCCUCAACUCUGCUUUAUUGGUUACUGAGACACCCCGACAGCCUUUGACCUCAGCCGGCCAUUUUACGUUACUUUGAUGUGACAUCAAUGGACACACAAUGCGCAUCAUUCCUUUCAUUCAAUUUUUGAAUUUUUAAUGCUUGUGUAAACACAGGUGUUUUAUCGCAUCCUAUGAAUGUAUGUAAAUAUGCAGGAGUGUACAUUGUGGCAUCCAGGAAACACGGAUCGACUCUGAUACCAUAUCUUACAACAAAUCAGUGGUUGUGAAGAUUUCUAGUGUAAUCCCUAAAUGUGUACAUGACUUAACGUUUCAGUACAUAUGAAUAUAUUAUAUAUUUUUUUCUUUGUUCUAUCAAAGAUGCAUUUACAAAUAAAACUGAAAAGAAACAAACAUGUCUAUGUUGUCUUUAGUAAGUUGUACAUUGAAAUUGAGUGGGUAGAUUUUUUGCAAAUCGAGGUUCUGAGGGUGAAUCCUACAUCCAUCGACAUUUCAUCCAAAAAGAAGUUCAUCAGCCUCUAUUUGCUUAAGAGGCAAAACAGUAACGCCUCGUUUAAAUGACAACACAAUACAACCAAGAGGAAAUUCAAAGUAAAAUGUCACCAGGGUCGUAGCCCCACAGUAUCAGACACUAAAUAACGGCCUGAGAAAUAUUUUGUAUUGUGUAUUUUUUUGUUUUUUUUGUUGGUCAGAUAGAACACAAGGUAAAAAGAAAUGUUGGCUUUUUAAAAACCCUCUGUGUAACUUUUGAUAAUAAAAUACAAACUGCUCUUCA